CCUACUUUAUGGCUUUAGAAUGACUUAGACGUUUCAAAUUUGAGACUAAUAUUCAUUUUAUAGUGUACAUGGCCUUGUUUUGUCGAAUAUUAGGCGAAAUUAACAUCAACUGUGAUAAUUAGAGAGGCAAAAAUUAAAUUAACACUGCUGUGAACUUAGCUGCAGGUGAAAAAGCAGUUGAUUAACUACUCACCAGAUGGCGCAGUGUACUCGUGAUGUUGUUACAUACUGUAAGGGCGUGUGAGUGCUUGUGUAAAAAAUUAAGUGUUUCGUGAUAUUUCAAGCGCUAAUGGACAACAAAAUUGGUAUAAUACAAGUUGAAAUGUGAAGAAGAAGAACAAAAGGAAACACGCCAAAACUGUGCCUUAAUUAGUUAUAAACAAGUGCCUAUAGAAGCGAGGAGUGCAUACGAACGACAAUUUACGAAAAAACGAAUUUAUUACUUGGGAUCGAGCGGCCGUCCACAGGAAGCAUCGUCGGGCGCGUGACGCCUGCGCGAGCGCAUCGAACACGCGCUACAGGACAGCUGGAGACGGCUGACAUCUACGAGAUCUGGUUCAUUUCAAAGCCGGCCCCGCCAUCGAUCCUUUAGCCACGAGAGACGAAGACCCAACCAAGAGCAUAGGAGGAGCAGUGCCCACUCCUUAGACCUUGAACAACAGACAGCUACUAUACACAGAGCGCGUUCCCUAUCCAAGAUGGCGACGCUGUCUCUAAAGAUAUCACUCGAGGGUGGUAAGGUGGUUAAGACCAUCCAGUUCGACCCCUCGACCAGCGUGUACGACGCGUGCCGAAUCAUACGAGAGAAGAUUCUGGAAGCGAAUGCCAAUGAUCCCAAAGAGUACGGACUGUUCCUCGCUUCAGAGGAAGACAACAAAAAGGGCAUCUGGUUGGAGGCGUCCCGCAGUCUGGACUAUUACAUGCUAAGGAAUGGAGAUUUGCUGGAGUACAAUAAGAAGACCAGAAAUCUCAGGGUUCGAAUGUUGGAUGGUACCGUCAAAACGCUGCUCGUCGACGACAGUCAGAUAGUUGCAAACUUGAUGGUCGUCAUUUGCACCAAGAUCGGCAUCACCAAUUACGACGAGUAUGGACUGGUCCGCGAAGAACAGAAAGAGGAGGCGGAUCCCUGCGAGAAGCCCAACUACGGAACCUUAACGUUGAAGAGACGGCAUCAAGAAAAGGAGCGUGAUGCGAAGAUGGAGCAGCUCCGGAAGAAACUACGGACUGAUGAUGAAGUGAACUGGGUGGAGGGCUCGAAGACGCUGCGCGAACAGGGCGUGGAGGGCUCGGAGACGCUGCUGCUGCGGCGCCGGCUGUUCUUCUCGGACCGCAACGUGGACUCGCGCGACCCCGUGCAGCUCACGCUGCUCUACGUGCAGGCGCGCGACGCCAUCCUGGCCGGCACGCACCCCAUCACGCAGGACAAGGCGUGCGAGUUCGCUGGGAUCCAGUGUCAGAUACAGUUCGGAGAUCACAAGGAAGACAAACACACAACUGGAUUCUUGGAUUUAAAAGAAUUCCUCCCGGCAUCAUACGUGAAGGUGAAGGGUAUAGAGAAGAAAGUAUUCAAGGAGCAUCGCAAGCACGCCGGCCUCAGCGAGCUGGACGCCAAGGUGCUCUACACCAAGAGCGCCAGGGACCUCAAGACCUACGGCGUCGCCUUCUUCCUCGUGAAGGAAAAGAUGAAAGGCAAGAAUAAGCUCGUGCCGCGACUGCUCGGCGUGACGAAGGACUCCGUGCUGCGACUGGACGAGAAGACCAAGGAGGUGCUGCAGACCUGGCCCCUCACCACCGUGCGGCGCUGGUGUGCCAGCCCCAACACCUUCACGCUGGACUUCGGUGACUACAGCGACCAGUACUACAGCGUGCAGACGACGGAGGCGGAGCAGAUCCUGCAGGUGAUCGCGGGCUACAUCGACAUCAUCGUGCGGCGCCGCCGCGCGCGCGACCACCUCGGCAUCGAGGGCGACGAGGGCUCCGCCAUGCUCGAGGACUCCGUCUCGCCCUCCAAGGCGAACAUCAUCCAGCACGACACGUUCAAGUCGGGCAAGGUGAACACGGAGUCCGUGGCCAAGCCCGCCGUGCUGCGCCCCGGGGCCGAGGGGGCGAAGUCGUUCGCGGUGGGGCACCUGACGGGCGCGCAGCAGACCACGGUGUCCGGCCAGGCCAUCACGGGACACGCGCCGCCCUCUACGACCCAAAUCCAACAAACGAAGGUUACAUCGAUACUGACUGAGCCCCAGCGGGCGCUGCUGUCCACCAUCACCAGUGGCAAGGAAAUCAUCAAGCAGACCGAGGAGGGACUCACCAGGGCGUCGCUGCCGGCGCUGGGGCAGGACGCCGGCUCCGUGAAGUGGAAGCGCGUGAAGCUGGACAACAGCAAGCAGGUGGUCACCUCGCACAUCGCCGCCAUGAACGCCGCCACCGCGCAGGUCGUCACGCUCACCGCCGGCCCCACGGAGGAGGUGGACCACACGGCGGUGGGCGCGGCCAUCACGACCAUCACGACGAACCUCCCGGAGAUGACCAAGGGCGUGCAGCUGAUCGCGGCGCUGCUGGAGGACGCGCCGGACGGCGAGCGCCUGCUGGACGCCACGCGCGCGCUGUGCUGCGCCUUCUCCGACCUGCUGCGCGCCGCCGAGCCGCACGCCAAGGAGCCGCGCCAGAGCCUGCUCAACGCGGCGUCGCGCGUGGGCGAGGCGUCGACCAGCGUGCUGCACACCAUCGGGGAGGAGACCGACGAGGACAAGGAGACGCAGGACAUCCUGCUAUCCUUGGCCAAGGCGGUCGCCAACACCACCGCGGCUUUGGUCCUGAAGGCGAAGAACGUGGCCGCUCUGUGCAAGGACGAGCAGCCGCUGCAGAACAGCAUCAUCGCGGCCGCCACGCACUGCGCGCUCGCCACCAGCCAGCUCGUCGCCUGCGCGAAGGUGGUAGCGCCGACUCUUCACAACCCCGCCUGCAGGGAGCAGCUCACCAGCGCCGCUCGCCAAGUGGCCCAGGCGGUGGAGAAGCUGGUGACGGCGUGCCAGCAGGCCCCGGAGUCCGCGGGCCCCGGAGUGGAGCAGCUGACGGCGGCCGCGCAGCGGGUGUCCGAGGAGCUCGAGAGGCUCCUGGCGCACUGCGACCUAGGUGAGCCCCGGCCGACCGCCGCCGGCGACCCCGCGAGCCCCCCUAACGGCCCCGUGCCCGCAGACCGGCGCGCGCAGGCCACGGUGCUGGAGCAGGCGGUGGAGAGCGUGGUGAGCGCCAGCGAGCGCGUGGCCGACGCGCCCGACGCGCCCGAGAUGGUGCGCCGCGCGCGCCUGCUGGGCCACGCCACGGCGCGCCUCAUCGCCGACAUCAAGACGGAGGCCGAGAAGCAGCCUUCGGACACCCAGUGCAAGCUGCUGGCGGCCGCCAAGCUGCUGGCCGACGCCACCACCCGCAUGGUGGAGGCGGCGCGGCUCUGCGCCUCCUCCCCACAGGAUCGCGAGAAGCAGGAGGCGCUCCGUCGCGCUGCCAAGGAGCUGCGUUUCAUAACCGUCGACUACGCACAGGGACAGGACAUCGUCAGCUCGCAGCUAGCGCGACUUACUGAGAGCGCCCGCCAGGCGACGUCGAGCGCGACGCAGCUGAUCACGUCGGCGCAGAACGCGACGCAGUACAACACCAACAAGUACUCGCAGGAGAGCCUGCUGUCGGAGUGCGGCGUGCUGGGCGAGCAGGUCCCGCGCGUGACGCAGGCGGUGCGCAGCGCGGUGGCGCGGCCCGGCGAGCCCGCCGCGCACCUCGACCUCAUCACCGCCGCCGAGACCUUCCUGCAGCCGAGUGGUCACGUGAUACAGGCGGCGCGUGGAGUUCUGCCCACCAUCAACGACGUCCCAACCGCCAAGCAGCUGGCCGACACCACUCACCAGUUCACGACCAGCUGUGCCGACCUCAGGUCGGCCGUGAGUCGCGCUCGCGUGUCGUGCAAGGGGCUGGAGCUGGACGCGGCGGCCGAGAUCAUCCGCAGCCUGCAGGCCGAGCUCGACGAGCUGGAGGAGGCGGCGCGCGCGCUGGAGCUGCGCCCGCUGCCCGGACAGACGGCGGAGUGGGCGUACAGCGGGCUGCAGAGCGCGGGGCGCAGCGCCGCGUCGGCGUCGGCGCAGCUGGCGGGCAGCGCGCGGCGCGGGGAGGGCGCGGCCUGCGCGCGGGCCGCCGCCGACCUGGCCGGCGCGCUGCGGGACUUCGCCCCCCCGCUGCGCGCCGCGCUCGCCGUGGCGCCGCAGCACAACCGGCACCGAGUGAUAACAUCGGGUCGACAAGUCCUGCACUCGUCGCUGACCCUCGUGGAGACCGUGAAGCACCAGUUGGCCAGCUCCGAGGAAGUUGACACUUCCAGAAUAAUGGCUAUCGCUAAAGAUGUCUCUCAGGGCAUAGAACAAACGAUCGAGUCGGUACCGUCGACCGCGGAGCUGGACGCCGCCAUGGAGAGCAUCAACCAGACUCUGGACAUACUCGACAUGGGCGAGUUCCCGCUCACAGACAAGAGCUACGGCACGCUGCAAAACGAGCUGAACGGAGCGGCGGCCGGGCUGAGCGGCGCGGCGGCGGACGUGGCGUCGGCCGCGGAGGGGGGCGCGCUGGCGCCGGCCGCCGAGCACUUCCAGCACGCCUUCGACCGCCUGGCCGCCGUCUGCCUCGACAUGGCCGGCCAGACCGAGGAAGUGGAGAGUCGUACGCAGAUGGUCAGCUCGCUUAAGACGGUCACCAUCAACUCGUCCAAGCUCCUCGGCACCGCCAAAUCAGUCAGUCAGGAUCUGACCCGACCGAAUGCGAAGAACCAGCUGACGGACGCGGCGCGCGCAGUCACUGAGAGCAUCAAUCACCUUGUGGACGUGUGCACGGAGGCGGCGCCGGGACAGAAGGAGUGCGCCGCCGCCAUCCGCAGCAUGGAGAGCUGCCGCCCGCUGCUAACUGCGCCCUCGCAGCCGCUCAGCGAGCUCGGGUACUUCGCCUGCCUCGACGCGGUCGUCGAUCAGAGCAAGCUGCUGAGCGAGGGCAUGUCGGGCAUGGCGAGCGCGGUCAAGAAGGCGGAGGCCGAGCCGUUCGCGCGCAGCGUGGCCGCCGUGGCGUCCGCCGUGCACGGGCUGGUGGAGUGCAUCGCGCAGGCCGCCUACCUGGUGGCGGCGUCCGACGAGACGUCGACGGCGGGCCGCGCCGGGCUGGUGGACCGCGCGCAGUUCGCGCGCGCCGCGCAGGCCAUCGAGCAGGCGUGCGCCACGCUGGCCGAGCGCUCGGCCGAGCAGCCGCGCGUCAUGGCGGCGGCCACGGCCGUGGCGCACCACACCAGCGCGCUGUGCAACGCGUGCCGCGCCGCGUCCGCGCGCUGCGCCGAGCCGCGCGGCCGCCGGCACUUCGUGCAGGUGGCCAAGGACGUGGCCGAGUGCACGGCCGCGCUCGUCAAGGACAUCAAGGCGCUGGACGCCGACUGGAGCGACCGCAACCGCGCGCGCUGCGCCGCCGCCACGGGCCCGCUGCUGGACGCCGUGCGCAGCCUGCGCCAGUUCGCCGACAGCCCCGAGUUCGCCGCCGUGCCCGCGCGCCUCUCGCACAGCGCGCGCGAGCGCCAGCAGCCCGUGCUGGCCUGCGGACGCGACAUCAUCACGUACUCGUGCGCGAUGGUGGAGGCGGCGCGCGCGCUGGCGCUGAGCCCGGCCGAGCGCACGCAGUGGCACGCGCUGGCGGCGCACAGCAAGUCCGUCUCGGACACCGUCAAGAACCUCGUCUCCGGGAUACGCGAAAUGGCUCCCGGUCAGCGAGAGUGUGCGACCGCCCUGGACACGCUCAAUAAGCAGCUCCGCGAGCUGGACCAGGUGGCCUUGCAGGCUGUGGGGCUUGAGUUGCAGCCGAGACACGUUAACACACUUCAAGGUUACUCCGAGCAGAUAGAGAACAGCGCCGCGGAGAUGCUGGAGAGACUGGAGCCGCUGCGUGUGGCGGCUCGCAGCGAGGCCGAAAACUUAGGGCACGCUGUCACGCAGCUGGUGUCGUACGCCGAGCCCCUAGUGAGCGGCACGGCGGGCGCGGCCUCGCACACGACGGACUCGGCGGCGCAGGCUGCGCUGCUGCAGCACGCGCGCACCGUGCUGGAGACGCUGGCGCUGCUCGUGCACGCCGCCAAGCAGUCCGCCGGGAACCCCAGGGCGGUGUCGGCGCACGGCGAGCUGGACGCGCAGGGCGGGCUGGCGCGCGCGGCGCUGGGCGAGCUGACGGCGCACGUGCGCGAGCUGAGCACGCAGCGCGGCGCCGUGGGGCCGCUGCUGGAGGCCGUGGCGCGGGCCGUGGCGCGCCUCACCGAGCACCGGAUGUCACUGAUCGGUAGCUACGAUGAGACGGACUCGUUCGUGGACUACCAGACGAGGAUGGUCGGUGCCGCGAAGGACAUUGCAAGAUUGGCCACCGAUAUGACGGCAAAAUCGGCCACGGAACCCUCCAAGCUGGUGGAGGUCGGCAACGAAAUGUGCGGGAAGUAUGAGAAGCUAGCGGCCGACAGCGUGGGCGCCUCUGCCACCACUCCUAAUGCGGAUAUAGCCAACAGGAUCCGCGUGUCAGCGGUGGAGCUGGGCGAGGCGGUGUCGGAGCUGGUGCGCGCCGGCGGGCGCUGCCGCCUGUCCGCCGCGCCGCCGCAGAGGCGCGCCGUGGCCGACGCCGCGCGCGCCGUCAACGAGAAGGCGGUGGCCGUGCUGAGCGCGCUUCAGGCGGGCUCCCGCGGCACGCAGGCCUGCAUCGACGCCGCCGCCACCAUCGCCACCAUCCUCGGGGACCUCGACACCACCAUCCUCUUCGCGAGUGCAGGUACACUUCAAUCGGACAAGGAAGGCGAUACAUUCUCUAACCAUCGGGAGAACAUUCUAAAAACUGCCAAGACCCUGGUCGAGGACACCAAGACCUUGGUCGGAGGUGCUGCAGGCAGCCAGGAGCAGCUGGCUGCUGCAGCCCAGAGCGCAGUCAGUACUAUCGUGCAACUGUGCGAGGUGGUGAAGCAGGGCGCCACGUCGCUGAGCGACGGCGGCGCGGAGCCGCAGGUGCUGGUGCUGCACGCGGCGCGGGACGCGGCGGCCGCGCUGCGGGACCUGGCCGCCGCCACCGCCGCCGCCAGCGGCAAGCACGUCGCGCACCCCGACAUGCAGCGCCUCAAGCACGCCGCCAAGCGUUUGUCGGAUCCGAAGCGUUGGAGCCUACCCGUCAAAACUAACACUAUACCUAGAAGCAAGCGACGCUCUAUUAACAUAAGGGAUUACAAUUCGUGCGAUUCAGAGACGGAUAUAUUCCAAUCUGAUCAAGAAGAUGAACUAAUAAAACUCCUAGACUACUCUAGCCACGAUGAUGACGUGUCUCCGACGAUAUUUCACGAUAGUUGUGAAGAAAUGAUCUCGUAUAUUGAGAGUAAAAUGUUAAAACCAUCACCGAGACUCAUCAACGACGAUGUCAAUAUGAGAUAUAAUCUGACAUCGAGGAAUAGUCUUUUCGAUAUGGAAUGGCGCGUACUGAAAUACGGGGAGAGCAUAUUCCUGGGGGAGCUACGAAAAUUGGUCGAUUUAUGUGUCGACUCCUUUGAUAAAGCCGAUAGUAGAAAGAGAAGAAACGCCCAAGACGCUAAUAAACCUAGCACAGACCUAGACAUUGAGAUGAAGAGGCUGUCGCAGGUUAUGGACGAUUUAGAUUGGCAGGAUGUUGUUAAUGAGAACGUCAGAACAACAGUAACGACAACGGUACACAGCGUGUCCAAAAAAUCUAAAUUCGAGAAGCCUAAAUUAAAAAGUCCAGUAUUUAAAGUUAAAAAGGUGAAACCGAUUAACUUAACAGUCAAUGUGGAGCUUAGUGCGGAGCCGAAAUCGUCUCAAAAUGAUAUAAAAGAUCAAACAGACGAUAUUAAAGUAAAUAAAGUUGAAAUCCAUAAAGAAAAUAAACAUUACUUCUGGAACAUGUUCAAGGAUGAUACCGAAUGGUGGAAGGCUCUGGCAAAACGUAAUUUAGACAAAAUGGAAGAAACGAGACGUGAAUUGGAACGUUUCAGCGGACAUGAGCUGGUUCUGGGCGAGAUAAAGACGGAAAUAGACAAAUAUGAGAGAGAGAAAGAGACAUUGCAAAACUUUAUCGAAGAAGUUGACAAAUCUAAAGCAGUCAAUAAAGAUUUAGAAUACGACCAGAAGUAUGAAGAUAUGGUCUUAAAAUUAAUAGAAUUCGCUAAGAAAGACUUUGUUUAUAAGGGUUUCGAUCCUCUCAUUGAGAAAUUAAAACUCUUAUCCAAUAUACAUGUUGAAGGACGAAAGAAAAAGCUCGUCAAUAUUGAGGAAAUAAUCGACGUCUAUACAAAGAUUGAUAUAUCCAAAUACACAUACGAAGAACUUUGCUUGUUGGAGAAAUAUUACAAAGAAAUUAUCAGGAAAUACAAAAGUGAGACGCGUCGGAAAGAGAAUAUUAUUCCCAUUGAACAAGUCAAUAGAGAAAAUAUCACACGAACAGCUCCCCCCAAUAGUAACGAGAACAUUACCGUCGAACGUUCCAGACACAAUUUACUAGCAACGAUAAACGAUUACAGUACACGAAGUAUCUCAAAGAGCAACACUUUAAAAAGAGAUAACGUCGGAAAUAAUUUGGAAAUCUUCGACCUCACACGAACUUACCCUAGCGAAUAUUACGCGAACAACUGGUGGAAAAUUUACGAAGACGUUCUCAAAAAUCGGGAACAACAAUUCGGCAGUAUCGAUAAUUGGUGGAGUUUCUACGAAGCGAUGUUGAACAGGGGAGACACGAGUGAUGACGACUUGAGACGAAUACGCGCGAUCGUCGAAAGUAGACUAAAGAAACGACCAAACAGUCGAAUGGAGGAGCAGCUAAAGAUGCUAGACGAAGUGAAGAACGCGCAGUUCCACGAGAGCGAGGACGUGGCGACCAGCGGAAACGAAUCGGUGAUGGUGACCAAUGUGACGUCACUGCUGAAAACCGUGAAGGCGGUGGAAGACGAGCACACUCGUGGCACCCGAGCCCUGGAGUCGACCAUUGAGGCCAUAUCCCAGGAAAUCGAGGUGCUGAUGUCGCCGGCGGCGCCCAAGAACACGGCGUCCGUGGAGGAGCUGAUGCGCUGCACGCGCCUCAUGACGGCCGCCACCGCGCGCGCCGUGGCCGCCGCCGGGCAGGACCAGCUCGUGGCCGCCGCCAACCUGGGUCGCCGCACCGUGCUCGACAUGCUGGCCGCCGCCAAGGGCGCGGCGCACGGCGCGGAGACGGAGGAGCUGCGCACGCGCACGCUGGCGGCCACGCAGACGGCGGCCGAGGCCUACCGCGCGCUGCUGGCGGCGCUGCUGGCGCCCGGCGCGCGCGCGCAGCUGCCCGAGCUCAGCCGCCGCGUGGCGCGCGCCGUGGCCGACAUGCUGGCCGCCGCCGACCUGCUCAAGGGCUCCGAGUGGGUGGACCCGGCCGACCCCACGGUGAUCGCGGAGCAGGAGCUGCUGGGCGCCGCGGCCUCCAUCGACGCGGCGGCGCGCAAGCUGGACGCGCUCCGCCCGCGCGUCGCCCCCAACACCCAGGAGACGGACGAGAAUUUGAACUUCGACGAGAUGAUCCUGGAGGCGGCCAAGUCUAUCAUCGCGGCGACCUCCGCUCUCGUGAGGGCCGCAUCCGCCGCACAGAGGGAACUCAUUGACCAGGGCAAGGUGGCCCGCCGGCCGGCGUCGUCGUCGGACGACGGUCAGUGGUCGGAGGGACUGGUGUCCGCGGCGCGACUGGUGGCGGCGGCCGCUCACGCUCUGGUGGAGGCGGCCAACGCCCUCGUGCAGGGAGCCGCCUCCGAGGAGAGGCUCAUAUCCAGCGCCAGGCAGGUGGCCUCCUCCACGGCGCAACUGCUGGUCGCCUGCAAGGUGAAGGCGGACCCCACGUCGGAGUCCACGCGGCGCCUGCAGGCGGCGGGCGCGGAGGUGAUCCGCUCCACCGACAACCUGGUGCGCGCCGCGCGCGACGCCAUCACGUGCGACGACGAGCGCAGCCUGGUGCUCAACCGCCGCAUGGUGGGCGGCAUCGCGCAGGAGAUCGACGCGCGCUCCGAGGUGCUGCGCAUCGAGCGGGAGCUGGAGGAGGCCCGCGGGAGGCUCACGGCCAUCCGCCAGGCCAAGUACAAGCUGCGCGACACCUCCGGCGACGACACCGACCCCGACCACGCCGGCUACUCCAGCGACGCCUCGCCCGGGCCCAACAGGUUCAAGACCCCGAACAGCAGCUUCGCGAACACGACGUACAGUCCCAACAGCACGUACACGUCGCAGCACACCACGCAGAACGUGACCAACAGCAGCCAGCACGUGACCAACAGCAGCCAGCACGUGACCAACCUGAGCCAGCACGUGACCAACCUCAGCCAGCACGUGUCCAACCUGAGCCAGGCCGUGCACGGCGCGCCGGCCUCGCCCACGUCGCCCAGCCCGCGCCCCCCGCAGUCCACGAACGGCUACCAGCGCGACGACAAACCGCGCAGCCCCUCCUUCACCAGCUUCCGACCCCAGGAGGACACCCCGAAGCAGAACUACGAGGGGUUCACGACACGAGAAAAAACAACCAAUGACAGAACGAUGGGAUCUAAGACGAGCAUGACCGAGGAGACGGUGGUCGUCAAGUCGUUGCAACUGCCGGAGGUUCGUACGGCCUAUUUGAUAGAGGAGGGCGAGACGGCCGAGAAGAUAUUCUACCGUCGCGAGAGACCACCGCCGCCACCACCGAGGCGCGUCUCGCUACUAAACUACGAGACGAAACUGUACGACACGCCGCGACCCAUCAACGAGUAUUACGCGAAGACGGACGAACAACGCCACUUUGAAUCGACCAACCAAUAUUAUAAGGAACAGAAGUUCGGCGGCUACGACGCCCCGAAAGCGCCAAUGAGUCCCAAGUUCAAUGCCCGCGAUCUUAAAUUCGAUGAAAAACCCGAACCUAUUUAUUCCACUCUCAAAAAACCGACUUCUACGUUCGAUGGUGUCGGGCAGACUUUCUCCGAGCACCGGAAGUCUACCGAGGCGAUCCCCGGAGGCACCAAGCAGUCGGAAUUUACCGUGAAGAGCGAAUCGUAUCAAAGUUACCCAAAGACGGAAUUCUUUAAAACGGAAACGCGACAAGAGGUUAAAUCUCCGUUCGCGACUUCGACUCCAUCGAAGUUCGACAAGACGGACUACGCUGACUUCUCCAAAAACAUGGACCUCGUGAAAGCUCCCACGCCGGAGUACGAAAGAAUAUCGUCCCCCUAUGGCAAAGACGUCCAUAGCUACGGUGGACCGAAUUUCUUCGAGGAGACGACCACCGAAGUCAAGGAGAUACCGAAUGGUACCCAAAAGAUUACAAUGACGAAGAUAUACAGCUCCUCGCCCGUCAACUUGACGAGCACCAGCACGAAGUACGAACCGAUAAAACUCGAAGGGAUCGACGAAUUGUCGAAAUUCGAUAACGAUUCGAGGUACAGCACGCUCGACUCUCGCUUCAACACGUUGGAGUCGAAGAUGAGCUCGGACACGAGUCGCUCCUUCAUGAGACCCUCGGAGUUUCAGUCGUCCGACUACCAGGCGACAACCAGCACCACUGCGAAGAAACCCUCCGAUCUGGUGAAAGAGAUCGAUAGCUUGGACAAGAAGUUCUCCAAGCAGACGAUCACCUCCGAAAUCAUCGAGAAGAAGUCGGUGAUGACCAGCUCGCACAAAUCCGAGACGAGUUCGACGGUCACCAAGAAGUUUGGGAACUUUUAAAGGUUUGAGCAUUAGUAUCGGUGUGUUUGAAGUUUAUCAUCAUUUAUGCAUUCGUAGUUUCGUAGUUUCGAGCUUCCAAACUACUUGACAUACAUACAUACAUCUAAUCGUUACUGGCUUUGUGUGUGUUGUCGUUCAGUCAUUUCGUGUGCACGUCUCGUGUGAUUCUAAAAAUAUUAAUAUUUAAAAUGAAGUGGUUUUGUAUUUAAAUUAGUGUGGCUAGUAGUUCGUUAAUUAAUAAAUAUUAUAAUAUAAUAAUACGGAAAUUAUUAACACGAAUUAUUUAUAAUUAAUAUAAUCUUCGGUGCUCUUAGAUUAGACACUCGGUGCCUAAAGACUUGAAUUAAGAUUUGCGAAAAAUUAUUUAUUAAAAUUUACGGUUUUAAAGGAAACUCGGCCAGAGGUUAAUAGUUUAUUGAUCAAUACCUGCCAUCAAUAUAAAUGAGUAUCUAUUUUCGGAUCUAAACCAACCACCAUAUUCCAAACAGCGGGAAUUCAUUGGAUAUAAAACACAUUUAAAAACAUUCUGGCCGAAAUAAAUCUCACGAAGUGUAAUCCUCCGGGAUCCUUACUAGAGUUGCCUUAAAUAAAAUAUAUUUUGUCAAAAUUAAUAAAACAAUUUGUAAAACUAAUUGUGACUGUGUAUCCAUACACUUAAGGGGUUCGGUGAACUUCCUAAUGUGUAGGUCGUGGCAUUUCUGCUACUGAUGAUGUUUGAUAAUGUUUGGAAGAUAGUGAAAGUCUUCACGUCAGAAAAUAUUUAUUAAAAAUCUCAUACUGUGCCUAAAACGUGUGCCACCUAAAUUUUAAUACGGGAGUGCCUUUAAGAGAAAUAACAAAUAUAUAGAUAUAUGUAAUCGCACAUAAAUUACUGUUUUUUUUUAAUUUGACAGACUAUACAACGUAUGUGGACUAUGAAAUUCCACAAAAAACCGACCGUAAAAGAUUUAAAACAAAUUGUUUAUGAAUUAGCAAUGUGGUCGCUAUUUUGUACGGAGUAUGUCUACUCAUAUGUUUUUUUUUAUAUUCUAUUAGUUUUAAAAUAUAGCAUAUAACAAGUGCCAUAGACAGCCCUAACUUAAGUGUAUAUAAUACGAUGUACGUUUAGUGUGUAGUGAUGUUUGGUGCAAUCGUUUAUGUAAUUCAACAUUUAAUAUAACUAAUGUGUAUGAUUUUAUUUAACUAACGGACUAAAUAUGUUUAAUAUUCUGACUGAUUUCAUAAGCUGCUAUUAAAACUAUAAUUUUCACCUUUUUAUGGCUUAAAAACUCAAAUUUGUAUAUCGUAAAGAUUUUGAACAGUUCAAUCUAAAAUAUUCAAAUAUUGAAAUGAAAUCACGAAGUUAAUGGGACUAUAUACUUUUUGAGGUUUUUUUAUGGAAACGUUGAAACAUCAAUAUAGAAAAAAUGAUUGAGCAGCUGAUUUAAAAAAAAAAGCUUAUGAAAUCUCUUAAAAUUAACAAAAUGCACGAUUAUUUAUAAACGUUAAGAUGAAAUUUGAAUUAAAAAUAAAUAUAUAAAAAAAUAUUAUGUAUUUUCUUUGUAGAAGUGUAGUGUCGACAUCGACGAGUCUCGUGAGCGUCUCGACAGGUUAUAAAUAAUAUUAAGUAAACGAACGGUGCCUUAACGCAGCUUAUUUAUUUAAAUAUAAUAGUAUUAAGUAAAGCGAUGCCCGCGAAAGCGAUACGUCCACUGGAGGUAUGGAAACACCAAUUAUAAUACAUUAAUGAACUUGUAUAUAUUUUGACACGUUUGCAUUGACGUAAAAGAAAAAAAAACACUUUUAAAUCUGUAUUUCAAGUACAAUGUCUUGAUGCAAAAUAUAUACUCAAAUAAUUCGUAGGUAAGAACCAGCUCUUUUCAUACGAAAUAUACAAGUCGCAUUUAAUCAUAUAUUUUUAGUAAUGGCAACAUAUAUGUAUAUUUUCUAUUUAAAGGGCUAAUUAAAUAUUUUAAACUUCGUCUAAUGUUAAGAGAUACCAUUUCAAAUUAUAAUGUAAUUGCUUUUAACAGUAACAUGAUUAUUAUCUGUAGUUUACGUUAUUAUAACUAGGAGUAACGUGUAUUUUAUACCUGUAUCGUAUUUUGUAUCUGUGUAAAGUUGUAUUCCAUUCUGAAUUAUAAUACGUUCAAAUAAUAUUUUAACAAUUCAAUUUUAUUUAAAAUGUUGUUUAAAUUCUAUAUGAAAUUGUUAAUUUUUUUUUAUAAUCUUACAGAGUCAUGUCAAAAUUAAUACUUUUUUAGUAUGUAAUUUCAAAUUGAUAUAUAAUUACAUAGUUUUAAGUAUAUAGUACGGUAUAUAAUCUCAGUAUAAUGAACCAAAUAAAUUUGUACUAAUUUUCAAUAUUUCCUUAGUAAUAAUUUCAUCGUUUUGAUUUUUGUACUAACGGAUUAGUAUUUGUUAAUAUUAUUUAGAGAUUUUAUCCAAUUGCGCUCCGCCGGUAGCUGUCACGUGUAGUUGGGGCAUUGUAUGACUUAUAUCUGUAAUAAAUAUUUACUAAUUCUA